ACCUCCCCACACCCGAUGUGGUUGGUUGUCCUCUUUCAUCCCCGUCCUGAACGCCUCCUCUUCCUCUCUGACAGGUGCAAAUGCAACCUUCACGCCAACAGCUGCGUGUUUGACAAAGAGAAGUUGAGCUGCGAGUGCGAGCACAACACCACCGGGCCUGACUGCGGGCGCUGUAAGAGGAGCUACCAAGGGCGAGCGUGGAGUGCCGGCUCCUACCUGCCCAUUCCCAAGGGCACGGCUAAUAUCUGUGUUCCUAAUAACAUUGGUCCAGUUAACUGCGAAUGCUUCGGCCACUCCAACCGAUGUAGCUACCUCGAGGUGCUAAACACCGUCAUUUGCGUGAGCUGCAAGCACAACACUAGGGGCCAGCACUGCCAGCUGUGCAAGCUGGGCUACUACCGCAAUGCCUCAGCAGAACUGGACGAUGAAAAUGUGUGCAUAGAGUGUAAUUGUAAUCCCUCUGGCUCAGUCAGUGAUCACUGUAAUGGCACAGGAUAUUGUACAUGUAAGGAGGGCACUACGGGCCCCAAGUGUCAGGAGUGCCUCCCCGGCUAUUUGUGGGAAAAUGGCUGCAAAUCCCGGGUGUGUGACAACGAACUCCUGCGCUGCCAAAACGGCGGGGAGUGUGUGAACAACCGCUGCAGCUGUCCCGCCUCCCACACGGGCCUGCUGUGCGAGAAGCCCCGCUGCGAGUCCGAGCUGGGCGGCUGCAAGGGGCCCGAAUCGGGCCAGGCGUCCCUGAGGCCCCCUUCGCUCUGCGGCGUGCUGACGCUGCUGCUGGUCGGCGCGGCGCUGUGGAGGGAAACGCCGCGCCGCGCCGCCGCGCUCUGAAAGGACCUGUUCCCCGAGUGGGAGCGACACUCAGUCCCACUCUCCCCACGAUACUUCUUUCCCUUAACGAUAUCCGACAACCAUUUAAUUAAUAAAUGAAUUAAAAAAAAUAAUAAUAAAAAAAAAAAAAAAAAAAAAAACAUUAGCUUUCUGAACUGUGACGCACUGAGCUUUCUCCGCUGCCAGACUCGGUGCUGACAAUGACGGGAAUGUGCCAGACUAAAGCAGAAACUUUUCAUUUAAAUUCAAAGAAUAUAUAAAAAAGUAAAGAGUGUACGUCUAAAAUAAGAAGAAGAAGAACAAAAGUAUUAUUAAAAGUAUGAGUAACUGAGCAUUUGCCUGAUAAAUCAAAGAACGGGGAGCCCCCCCCCCCCACCCGCCUCCCUCUAAGCCAUACCAGGUACCUGAGAUCCUUCCAGUUUGGGGAGG